AAUUAUUUUUUUCAUUUUUAUUUUGCACAGUGCUUCAAACCAGAUGCCCUGUUACUAAUAGCUGGGGGAGAUUUUGAGGAUCAGCUCAGAGAGGAAGUGGUCCAGAGAGUUUCUCUUCUCCUCUAUUACAUCAUUCAACAGGAUGUAGAAUGAGACUCCUAUUUCCUUUCAUAGAAUGAGAUGGAAGACAUCCUGGCUUUUACCAGGCAGUACUUUGACACUUCCAGAAGCCAGUGUAUGGAAACCAAAAUGCUGCAGAAGAAAUCUGGAAUCCUAAGCAGCGAUGGUGCUGAUGAAAAUACACUUCCUCAGUUGGCAGCGACAGUCAUGGCUUUGUCUCUCCAAGGUGUUUGUCUAGGGCAAAGAAGUUUGCCUUCCCCAGGCUAUUUAUUUAUUUUAUGUAUUUUCAGUUCCUUGAACAGCACAAAUACUCUCCACUUAUCAGAACUAGACCAACUCCUCAACAUUCUCUGGACUAAAAGUACCUGUAUCAGAAAAGAUAAAAUCCAUCAACUUCAAAGGGAACAAAACAACCCAACAAUCCGUGAUUGGGACUACCCUCAUCUCUCUGUAUCCAUGGACCAAGAGUCAGAGGAUGCUCCAGCUUCCUGGGAUCAGACUUGCUUCUCUGCUGGGCAGUUGGUGGAGAUAUUUCUACAGAACAGGCAUUCCCCCAUUUCUAAGGAGGACUUUAAGCAAAUGAGUCCGGGAAUCAUCCAGCAGUUGCUCAGCUGUUCUUGCCAGCUGCCCCAAGGCCUACAAGCACAGCUGUCACCCACCACUGUGGAGAAAUAUGGCUUCAGCGCAAUGGCCGUGAUGCUGCUGAUGCUGGGCUCCAAGCUAGGGACAAGUCUGAUCCUUUUCCACAGUGAGGAGAGCUACGGGCUCAUUUUACAGCUGUUUGUGGGCCUGGCCGUGGGGACACUUUCCGGGGAUGCUCUGCUCCACCUCAUCCCUCAGAUUCUUGGUUUACGUAAGCAGAAAGCUUCAGAGCUGGGACAGUUCUAUGAAAGCAAGGACCAUAUUUGGAAAAUCUUGGGAUUAAUUGGAGGCAUCUAUGGACUUUUCUUGAUAGAAAAAUGUUUUAUCCUUCUGGUACCACCAAGUGCUGAGGGUGUGUCAUUGGUUAUUGGGCAUGUGGAACAUUCCCACCACCUUGCAUCCAAGCCUGAAUUAAGUGACCAGUCAGGCAGAGGCAAAUCUGCUUCCACUAUCCAGUUGAAAGGCCCAGAAGAUUCACAGGCAGCUGAAAUUCCUAUAGGCAGUAUGACUGCCCCCAACAGAAAAUGCAAAACCAUUAGCUUGUUAGCAGUAAUGAUCCUAGCUGGGGACAGCCUGCAUAAUUUUGCAGAUGGCCUAGUAAUAGGAGCGGCCUUCUCAUCUUCAUUGGAGUUGGGAGUGACCAUAACAAUUGCUAUCUUGUGUCAUGAAAUUCCCCAUGAAAUGGGAGACUUUGCUGUGCUGUUAAGCUCUGGACUUCCUAUUAAGAUCGCCAUCCUGAUGAAUUUUAUAAGUGCUCUAACUGCCUUCAUAGGACUGUACAUUGGGCUCUCAGUAUCAACAGAUCCAUGUGUUCAAAAUUGGAUCUUAACAGUUACCGCUGGGAUGUUCUUACACUUAUCCUUGGUGGAAAUGCUUCCUGAAAUGACUCAUGUUCAAACACGGCGACCCUGGUUGAUGUUUCUCCUGCAGAACUUUGGACUGACCCUAGGUUGGCUUUCCCUCUUACUCUUGGCUAUAUAUGAACAAAAUAUUAAGAUUUAAGAGUCUCAAAAUCCUUCAGAAAUCAAUUUCUAUGGCUUCAUUUUAUUUCUUUUGUUCUACUCUAUAGUGACAUGUAAAUUAAAUAUUUUUAUCUUAGGUGAGGUCUGUGUCUUUUAGUUUGUUAACUUAUUACUUGUAUAAUGCAAUUUUACUCCUGUAGUGUAUAAAUGUCAGGUUGUCCUUAACUGAAAUUGUGUUUUUAGUUUCCAACACCGUGAUGGAACUCACACCUUUUUAGUAAUUAGUAAACUAAAUUAAUUCUAGUAAAACUUUCAAAAAAUACUGUUUCCCUAAUAAAAGAUGUUUGUUGUAUUUGAAGUGGACAGAUGUCUAUUGGAAUAAAAUCUGCUGCAAAUUCUUUGAUGUCAAAAAUAUAUUCUGUGUAUGUGAUUAUAAACCAUAAGCGAACUAAAUUACAAACAAAUAUAAUAAAAUC